GAGUCUUCAUUCAGAGUUUAGAACACCAAUAUAUGUGGCGUGUAAAUCGUUGGUUGAGUUUGGGUGUUUGUGUCCCUCAUCGAGCAAACAUCAACACCCGCACACAGAGACAUGCAAGCAUAAACAUACACAUGCUCACAUGCAAGCACACACACACACAUACACACAUACACACCCUUGGAGACACCUGUUUACAUAGGUUGUCUGAGGGGGAAGUUGGGCAUGAUCAGAAUCUGUAAAGCAAGUAGGCAGGUCUAAGGUAUGUGCUAUAAUAUGAGUGUGUGGGUGGGUCAUAAACUGGAUGUAGGAUUAAAGAUAAACAUUGUCCUGUGUAAGAUGUGUGUCAGUGUGUAUCCGGAAAGUGUGUGGGACUGUGUGUGUGUAUGAUUUGUGUUGGACCAGCCUCUCCUCCUCCUCAAUGAGUGUGUGACUGUGUGAAACCACUAGGAGAAGCGAGACCCAUGUUUCCUGCAGUCAUGCACUACAAUGUUGGAUGGCAUUUGGUUCUUGGGUGCCUUCUACUUGAACUACUUGGACCCUGUGUGGGGGGAAAAAGGAUACCAAAGACAAAGAGGGAGAAGGUAGGGCCUCAUCUACAAACAGAUGUUUAUAUUGGGUUUAUGUGGAGUGAUUAUGCUGCAUUGAUGUAUAGUAUGCAUUCAUGUAGUGCCCUUUUGUAGGUUCUCAAUAUGGCAAGCCUACAGGGCCGUAGAUUUGUAUGUCCUAGAUAGGAUAUGUUCAGUAACAUUGAGAUGUGAGGGAACAUUUACAUACUAUAAACAUUAGGCUACAGGGCCAUAGAUGUUUAUUUCCUAGAUAGGGCGUGUUCAGUAACAUUGGGAUGGGAGAGAACAUUUACGUACUAUAAACAUUAGGCUACAGGCCCAUAGAUGUUUAUUUCCUAGAUAGGGCAUGUUCAGUAACAUUGGGAUGUGAGGGAAACAUACACAUACAGUAUUGAACACAAUAGCAUCACUGUUAAAGAGGGCUUGAUCAUGUUUUAAUUGAGUUCAGUUUCAUGUUAAUUACUGUGCAACGGUUUGGCUUGAUAAUAGGUUGUGUUUAAGUGUGUGUUUAAUGUUUGUGUGUGUGUGUGAUUAACACACUUACUCAUUUUCUCUUGAAUGCUGCUUGUGGUUUUGAAGUUUCAGAUCUAAGAUGUUCACAGGGUUUUUUGUUGUUUAGCUCAGAAAACCAUCAUCAGUGAGCUGUAUUAACCUAAAGUACCCCUUUGGUUGAGAUAAAGUUCACCAUUACAACACUGUGUACUGGGGAGAUUAGUUCAUCCUUGGCAGGUUCCAUUUCAUUGCACUAUGCACUGGAACAUGCAUGUUUGGCUUUAGGGAAGGUUGUGCAGCUGUUUUACCAAUGAAAUAUCAAUGUUCACCCUCACAUGCAUACACUCUCAGACACACACACACACUCAAACACACACACACACACACACACACACACACACACACACACACACACACACUUGGAGACACCUGUUUACAUAGAUUGCCUGAGGGAGAAAUUGGGCAGGAUCAGAAUCUGUAAAGCAAGUAGGCAGGUCUAAGGUAUGUGCUAUAAUAUGAGUGUGUGGGUGGGUCAUACACUGGAUGUAGGAUUAAAGAUAAACAUUGUCCUGUGUAAGAUGUGUGUCAGUGUGUUGGUGUGUACAGUACCUAGAAAGUGCGUGGGACUGUGGGCGUGUCUGCAUUGUGUUAGACUAGUGUCCUCCUCAGUGGGUGUGUGUGUGUGACUGGGGGUAUUAUGAAACCACUAGGAGCAGAGAGACCCAUGUUUCCUGCAGUCAUGCACUACCAUGUUGGAUGGCACUUGGUUCUUGGGUGCCUGCUACUUGAACUACUUGGACCCUGUGUGGGGGGGGAAAGGAUACCAAAGACAAAGAGGAAGACGGAUGUGUUUGGGCAGACUGGGAGUCAGCGUGGGGACGGGACAUGGGGUCCCCACCAGAAAGGUAUGGUGGGACGAGGAGACGUCUUUGUGGUGGACGAAGACACAGACCUGGCUGAUCCAAAUCUUCACGGGGGACACCUUAAUCCUCAGUGGAAACCGAGCAGGCAGGGCCCUAAGGACAGCCAUGAGGGCAAGCCUGAGCCCUCCUCCAAACUCCUGGACGAGAACAUCACCACGGACAAGAAGACGGCAGACUCUGGAGGGAAGGGCAUUGGCCUGUUUCCCGGGAAACCCUCGGAUGACAUCAUUAUUGAUUUGGAUCCUGUGUCUUCCUCGAAGAAGCCUUCCAUUGUUAAGACUCCAAUAAAGACCCCCCUGGACCCGGAGCACCCAGACUUUAACCUGUUGAGGCAGGAGGUGGAGGGGCCCCAGACCCCCUCACAGACCGCCCUCGCCCCCACCUCAGUGCCCCCUGCCACCCCUAUAGAAGCUGUCACUGAGGAGAGGAGACCCACCACACACAUCCCCACCCAACCUGACCCAAACCCUGACUGUGCUAUCACUGUGGAAGGAGGACCAGAGCGCUCAGGCACUGUGACCAUCGUAUCCAGAGAAGGGGACCUGGUUCUGGGCUCUGAUGGCCAGAUGUAUAGGGUCCAGAGAGGGCCCCCAGGCAGAAUGGGGCCCCCUGGAAAGGAGGGUUUUGCUGGCUUGCGUGGGUUCAAAGGUGACAAGGGCCAGCUGGGGUCUGAGGGGCGUGCAGGGCGACAGGGGGAUCCAGGCCCCCCCGGCCCACCUGGCCUGCCCUCUUUCUACCUGUGGAAGAACACUGUUGAGGAGUGGGCUACUUUUCAGCAAACCUCUUUCUACCAGUUGCUCAGCGCUGGCUGGCCUAGGGAGCAGGGACCCCCAGGACCAGCUGGGGAGAUGGGGAAGCCAGGCCCACAGGGGCCAACAGGUGAUCCUGGCCAACGAGGGCCUCCAGGAGUAAUGGGAGAAAUGGGUGAGCCGGGGCCAAAUGGCGUGACGGGCAGAGCAGGGCUCCAUGGGAAAGAUGGAGCGAAUGGGCAGGACGGUCAGCCUGGGACGCUGGGUGAUCCCGGGCGACAGGGACCCUUCGGGUACAGGGGAGACGGCGGUUCCAAGGGAGAAAAGGGGGAGGAGGGCCUUAUUGGAGAAAAGGGUCGAAGAGGCCGAAUGGGAGAACCAGGCGAGAAGGGCUCCAUUGGUUUACCAGGCCGUCGGAGUUUUGUUGGUCCACGUGGACCUCAGGGAGUCAGUGGGGCCACUGGCCCAGAGGGGCUCCCCGGCCCUGAUGGGGAGGCUGGGUUUGAUGGGCCUCCAGGGACUCCUGGGUCAAUGGGAGCCGCUGGUUUCACAGGCUCUGUCGGCGCUCAGGGAGUUAACGGCUCAAAGGGAGAGUUGGGCCUUGUUGGAGUUGUUGGCCCCAGAGGCCCGCAGGGGCCCCAGGGUUUAGAUGGUGAGAGUGGGCCUCCAGGUCUCAGGGGAAUUCAGGGACAGCUUGGGAUGAGUGGUGCCGCUGGUCCGAAAGGUGACCCUGGACCAAUGGGGAUGAUGGGUAUCCGGGGUGAGCUAGGGUUCGAGGGGCCCAUGGGCCCACUGGGAAUACCAGGUCCAAUGGGUUUCCCUGGUAUUACUGGAAAAAGAGGACCAGACGGGGAUAAGGGAGACCCUGGACCAAAGGGGGAGAGAGGUGUUCAGGGUGCUUCGGGUAUCCAAGGGCCUCAGGGAGAGAGGGGUCCCAGUGGCCCCCCUGGCUUUAUAGGGCUCAAAGGUCAAUCUGGCACUAAAGGCAUUGAGGGGGAGAAUGGAGAAACUGGCCCUCAGGGAAAACUGGGCAGAGAGGGGCUGAAGGGGAAUAGAGGGACAGCUUGGCGCAACGGCAAGCCUGGACACAGAGGGAACAAGGGUCGCGUGGGUCAGAGAGGGAAUGUUGGCCAGCCUGGUCAACCGGGCUUGCCAGGCCCUCCCGGGACAGAGGGACCAGAAGGAAAGCCUGGUACACAGGGUCUCUCAGGUUCGGUGGCAAUAGCUGGCAGUAAAGGCCUAAAGGGAUUCCAGGGCAUUGCUGGAGAGCCAGGUCCAGAGGGCCCCUCAGGACCUCCGGGCACACCUGGACGGAUAGGACCAACAGGUAUCCCUGGGCCGCUGGGAGAGAGGGGCUUCACUGGGAAGGAAGGUGUGGAGGGCCCACAGGGCUCAGUAGGCACGUAUGGUUUCCCGGGUAACGUGGGAAUGCGUGGUACAACUGGUCACAUGGGAGAGAGGGGAGAGACAGGUGUGAGAGGCCUGCCUGGUCCUUCUGGGAAGCCUGGACCUCCAGGUUUAUCAGGACCUCCUGGGGAGAGAGGCCCUCCAGGACCUCAGGGUCGGCUGGGGGAUCUGGGACCCACAGGGUCAGAGGGCCUACAGGGACCCCCGGGUCUGCAGGGUUCAGAUGGAGGGACAGGGAAGCCGGGGCCCAGGGGAAGCAGAGGGCCUCUGGGGACACAAGGUCCUGACGGACCAGCAGGAACCCCAGGAAUUUCAGGUGCUGGUGGACUCAUAGGACCAGCAGGGGAAAGAGGAGAAAUGGGUAUGCUGGGACCUCCUGGUGAUCUUGGUCCUUCGGGACUGGAUGGGGAACAGGGUAGUCCUGGCCAAUCAGGGUUAGAGGGGCCACCAGGAACGAAAGGGGAACAGGGGGACCUAGGGCCUUGUGGGAAGUUUGGUCCUCCAGGGCAGCCUGGAGAUCGAGGUCUACAGGGGCUCAAAGGGUUGCAAGGCUCUCAUGGACAAAUAGGAAAAGAGGGUGAUGUCGGACCUACUGGCGAUGCUGGUGGUCCAGGUUUCAAAGGGGAGAAGGGUGAUGUGGGACCUCUGGGGCCAACAGGGCGGAAUGGUCCAUGGGGGGCGCUGGGGGAGAAUGGGGAGAAGGGACCAAAAGGAGAAAAGGCCCACAUCGGACUAAUGGGUCAGCCAGGAUUUAUGGGAGAAAUAGGACCUGCAGGCUUGUCAGGGCUACAGGGUAUCAUGGGCCCCAGGGGGCCUCCAGGGCCAGAUGGACCUGAAGGAGAGAAGGGCCAGUCUGGGUCUGGCGGAACCAUCGGACAACCUGGCAGAACAGGGCCUCCGGGGGUGGCUGGAGUCUCAGGGGUCAGAGGUGAUCCGGGGAAGCCAGGAGCACAGGGUCCAGUUGGGAAGGUUGGGCCUGAGGGAGACUUGGGCCAUAAAGGUGAGCCAGGGCCAGACGGAGAAAAAGGGGAGCCAGGGGGAUCAAGCGAGCCAGGAGAACAGGGGCUCGACGGUCUGCCGGGCAUCAGAGGGCCACCAGCACUUCCUGGUUUAGAGGGGCCACAGGGUGAGGUGGGAGCCCAGGGGCCAGAAGGUCCCCUUGGGGUGCUGGGUGUCAGGGGAAGCCAAGGACCUGAGGGACAACAGGGACUGAAAGGAGAGAAGGGAGAUGACGGCAGAGAUGGAUCACCUGGAAAGACAGGUCACAUCGGAAGGAGGGGCAAAAGAGGCAAGCCUGGAAUCAGGGGCGCAAGAGGAGAGAGGGGACCAAAGGGGAAAAGGGGAAAUGUGGGAUUGAUUGGUCCUCCAGGAUGGCCAGGGUCUAUAGGAAUCCCAGGCUCGCGAGGAGACGGAGGGCAUCAGGGUGACAAAGGGAGCAAGGGAGAGAAAGGGGACAUAGGGCCGCUCGGUCCGCCAGGGGGUGAUGGCCUAAAGGGUAGUCAGGGUCCUGUUGGGGUGCCAGGACAGACAGGCCCAAAGGGAGAUCAGGGGCAUAUUGGACCUUCUGGGCCAAGAGGAACACCUGGGAUGCCAGGACUACCUGGUUUGUUUGGAGAAAAGGGUUUGAAAGGAUUUGAGGGAUAUCCUGGGCAACCUGGUAAGAGGGGCCUGCCGGGGGCACCUGGACUCCCAGGACUUCCAGGUCCUUCAGUGAAUCUGACCCUCACUCAACUCAAGGACCUGAUGUAUCUGUCAGACAAGCCCAACUACCCCCUGCUCCAGACCCUGCUGGACUCUCUACACCAGGACCUGAGGCUGCUGAUGGACCCCCCUGACGGCAGCAAGGAGCACCCUGCCACCACCUGCCUGGAGCUGUGGCUCUGCCACCCCGAUUACACCAGUGGGAUGUAUUACAUUGAUCCUAACCAGGGCAGCCCUGCUGAUGCUCUCCUGGCCUACUGCAACUUCUCUGGUACAGCCGCACACACCUGCCUUCACCCCAGAGACGCCCAGAUGCCCACGAAGGCCUGGCUUAUGGAUUCAGAGACAGACAGCUCGUUCCAAUGGCUCAGCAAACAGGAACAAGGAUUUCAGUUCUAUUAUCCAGGGGCCAAUGUGGUCCAGAUGCGGUUCCUGAGGUUGCAGAGUUGGAGAGCCUUGCAGAAGAUCACCUACACCUGCCACCCGGGACACAGACUGGGUCACACAGACAGAAAGGUCAAGUUCCUGACAGACACAAGGAGACAGAGUUACUUAGGAGCUCUUAACGACUGCAUUCCGGGAGAUGAGGUGGACUCGCAGGAGCCGCGGGAGUUUGUGUUUGAAUUUGAGGACCUCAACUUGCUUCCUGUGAGAGAUGUGGCUGUGUUCGGGGGCGGAAAUGUCACGCGCGAGUUUGGCUUCACCAUCGGGCCCGUGUGUUUCAGCUAGAGAGGGAGACAUGGGGCCCAUAGGCUCAUUUCCCACCCCCUUGGACUCACCGAGGGAGGAUAAGAGACUGUGUUCAGGACCCCAAGACAGCUGGAGAACAAGACAAAGGGAAUCAAUCUCUCUGGCAUUUUGUGAGGGCAUCACUCCUCUUUCCAUUUGAUAUUUUUGGUGGAGAUCAAUCAAUUCUCUAAUUGACUGGCUCCACAUAAAUUACUCUUUGAGCGUGCAUCAAUUUCCAAAGUUCUUUCGGACAAUUGUGUUUUCGUUUACAGAGACGUUUAUCAUGUAAUGAAUAAUUUAUAUAAUGUUGUUUUGAUUUCUAUAUAAAAUGGUUAUUUUUUAUCUUUUUCCAUUUGUUUUCACAGCAACAGUUUAUUAUGCUGUAAAGCUUUCCAUAAUAGCCAACGACCUAUUUUGUAUAUGAACAGUCCUAUGCCCUAAUGGUCUGUUUUGUGUCCGAUGCAGUGGAUUCAACCUCUCACCAAUUUGUUCCAUUUGGACACAGCUAACGUUGUCCUAUAGAUCAUCACUGACCUUCCCAAAGGUGCUCACUGACAAACCACUGCUUGUACUUCAGGCGCCAAGGAACUCGCUUUUGCGUUGUUUAACUUGUUUCUUUAGAUUAGAUAAUGACCAACCUGUUCUAAAACCCUGAUCUCUUGCAAUUAACUGAUUCCCUCCCUGUUGGCAGUGACGGAGGCAAAAAAAUAAUAAUGAUUUCAGCCA